CUGUGUUGUUGCCACAGUGAAGGUCUUACGCGUUAUUUGGAUGCCAGUAUUAUUUGUCCACUGAGUCACUUUCACUGACUAUCGGAGGACAGUUUUGGGGAUUAAAACACAGCGUACAAGAGUUUAUCAACGAUGUUGGCAUCCAGCUUUUGAAGCUUUCAAAGGAUGCAUACAACACGCAGCCCGUCAUCCAUCCCGACAGGUGUCUCAGGAGAUGCCUUGGACCUCAGCUUGUCAGGAUCCCAGCUUUCUAUGUCCAAAAGACCCAGCAGUGCAUCACCUGGGAAAUACUUCUCUCGGUCGGUGUCGGUUUCUGUGGCCGGUGAAAGCAGAGGAAAACGCAACACUCUGAGCGAUGCUAGCUUCGGUAGCUCCCGCUCCAUUAAGAACCUGAGGCGAUCCAACAGCACCACGCAGGUUAACCAGCAGGCCAACAUCAGCUUAAGUCAGGACCAAAGCGAGGACUACCUGGCCCUGUUUGACAGCAGCUCCGAUGGACGUAAGAAACUCGCCAGCCUCAGCAAGGCCUCACCGGACAGAACUACGUGGAACAUUCUGGACGAUCAGCCCAGAGCUUUCCCCUCGCACUCGAGCGCCCGCAGCACCGGCAGCAUGGACUCGCCCACCAGCCUGAAGAAAAAAGAGCCUGGCAUCGCUCUGGCUGCCACUUUCACUGCCAACAACAGGAGCAACAAGGGAGCUGUGGGAAACUCUGUCACAACCAUCUUACACAACAACUACUCUGAGAAGCCACUCACGCCUAAGAGCUCCAACCAGAAGCCGUCUUUUAAUAACAUCCUGAAGGCCACAGCAAACGAUGAGGUAUCAUUGGAGAACGGCUCCGUCACAAAAUCCCAGAAGAACUUCUCAUCAUCUUCUUCCGCCUCCAACAACAAGAGUCCAGUGUUGGCCCAGCGCGGCAGCCCCGUCCUGCCACGAAAGAGAGAGGUCACUGAGGAGGAGGCCGAGAGGUUUAUUCAGCAGGUGAACCAGGCAGCGGUCACUAUCCAGCGCUGGUACAGACACCACGCCAGGAGACAACACGCCAACCAGACAACGCUCAAACGCAUCCUCGCCAGUAAAAGAAAGGAGUGGGAGGAGAGAACAGGGGAGGACAGUCGCCUGGAGCAGCAGCAGAGGAAGGACGACGACAGGAAACGGAUUCGUGAAGAGAAAGCCCGUUUGGCCCGCCUUGCUGCCAUACAGGAGCUGCAGCAGAAAAGAGCCCAGCGGGUUGCAGAGGUGCAGCUUGCAGCUGAGGUGGAGGUGGAAAACAUGAGGCAAACUGGCGCUGCAGGGCGCAAGAAGCCACCCAAGAUUUCUCCCACCAACAGAAGUCCAGCCUCACCGAGCAACAACAGCCCGAUGUCUCCAACAGACGUCAAAGCUAAGAACACAGACUCCAAUCUGAAUAUUGUGGCUGACUUGGGUGAAUUCGGCUUCAGAGCCGUUUCCCCAGCUUUGUCCAAUCACAGAGGUUCUCAGUGUUCCCAGGAGGCGAACGACAGAGCAGAGGACGACUUUUGCCUGGAGCAACAUCAGGAAAGCGACAGGAAAUCGAUACGAAAAGAGAAAGCUCGUCUGUCCCGACUCGCCGCCACCCAGGAGCUGCAGCAGAAAAGAGCCCAGCGGGUUGCAGAGGUGCAGCGUGCAGCUGAGGUGGAAAACAUGAGGCAGACUGGUGCUGCAGGGCGCAAGAAGCCGCCCAGGAUUUCCCCUACUAACAGAAGUCCAGCCUCACCGAGCAAUAACAGCCCGAUGUCUCCAACAGACGUCAAAGCUAAGAAUACAGACUCCAAUCUGAAUAUUGUGGCUGACUUAGGAGAUCUCUCCAGCUUCAGAGCCAUUUCUCCAGCUUUGUCCAACCGCAGAGGUUCCCAGUGUUCACAGGAGAUUCUUCAGAGGUCGGUGAGUGUGGAGGACCAUCGGCAGGGAGCUUUGUCCAGCAGGGCUCAGUCCAAAACCACCCUGAACGAGCUGCUGGACACCCUGAAGCUGUUAGAAGAAGAGCCAGAGAGGCUGUCGGAGCCUAAGUGCUACCGCAAAGAAAAAUAUGCAUGGAUUGAUGAGGACGGGGACUCCAACUCUCUGACCACCGACAACCUGGAGCGUCACGGCCAGCUGAUCCACCACCCCGCACUGCCAGACGGGGGCGCCCUGCUCUCUGAAGCCAAGCUGCAGAGCAUCAUGAGCUUCCUGGACGAGAUGGAGAAGUCGGAACAAGAGAGACCGCGCUCAGUCACCUCAGGAUCACACAGAGAGGCUGUGUUGUCAGAGGAGGAGCUGGGCGGCAUCGAGCAGGCGUCGGCCACCGCCGCCGAAGUCACCGGCUCCAUGAUGAGAAUCAAACUGGAGCUGGAGGAGAAGAAACGCACCGUCAACAUGCUGCAGACCGCUCUGGCCCAGCAGAGGGAGCUGACAGUCAGGCAUGUGAAGGAGACCGAGAAGGAGCUGAACAGAAACUUCCAGCUCCAGAAGGAACAAUAUGAAGCCACCAUUCAGAGACACCUAGCAUUCAUCGAUCAGUUGAUCAAUGAUAAAAAGGCUCUGAGUGAGCGCUGUGAAGGAGUGGUGGGAGAACUGAAGCAGGUGGACCAGAAGUACACCAAGAAGAUUGCAGAAAUGCAGGAGCAACAUGAAAUGGAGAUCAAGAAGUUAAAAGAGCUAAUGAGCGCCACGGAGAAAAUCCGCCGGGAGAAAUGGAUUGACGAGAAAACCAAGAAGAUCAAAGAGAUCACUGUCAAAGGUCUGGAGCCAGAGAUCCAGAAACUCAUCUCGAAGCACAAGCAGGAGCUGAAGAAGCUGCGGACGCUCCACGAGGCCGAGCUGCUGCAGGCGGACGACCGGGCGGCCCAGCGCUACGUGCGCCAGUGCGAGGAGCUCCGACAACAGCUGGAGAGGGAGAAGGAGGAGCAGUGUCAGAGAGAGAGGGAGCUAGCCAAACAGAGAUAUGAGAAGCAGCUUCAGGAGGAGGAGCUGUCGCUUCAGCAGCAGAGGAGGCGUCUCUACAAGGAGGUGGCUGAUGAGAAAGAGAGGCUGGCCCAGCUGGCUGCGAGGCAGCGCACUGAGCUGGAGGAUCUGCGGCGGCAGCUGGAGGAGAACAGCUCUCUGGCCGGACGAGCGCUCAGAGAGGAGCUGGAUAAGACCAGAGAGGAGCAGGAGAGGAGACACCAGGUGGAGAUGAAGGCUUUACAAGAACGUUUGGACAUCGAAAAGCAAACCUGGGAGGAGAACUACAAGAAAAAAGAGGAGGGGUGGCUGCUGAGCCGCGAGCGAGAGCUCAAAGAAGACCUGCGACGAGAACGUGACAAAGAGAUCGAGCUCGCUAUCUGGACGCUGGAGGAGGAGACCAGCAAAGACAAAGAGGAGUGUGAGAGGGCAGCUGACAACAGGGUGAAGCGAGUGAGGGAAAAGUACGAGGCUGAGCUGAGGGAGCUGGAGCACUCGGAGAGGACGGCGGUGGAGAAGCAACAAGACUUGAGGAAGCAGCAGAUGGAGAUGGAGGGCGAGCUGAUCAGACUCCAGGGUCUGCUCAGACAGAGAGAACAAGAGGUUGAAGACGUCACGCAAACCAGGGACAAGCUGGUGGACGAGCGCCGCAGCCUGGCGGAGGUGAUCAGGCAGGAGUUUGCGGACCGGCUGGUGAUGACGGAGGAGGAGAACCGAAGGAUGAAAGCAGAGGUGUCUGAAGUCCGAGCGAGGCUACGGCUGGAGGUGGAGAGGGUCACCAGGGAGAAGGAGGAGGAGCUGGCUGAAGUCCACCAACGAGUGAAGUCGGCCAUCUUGAAGAAGGAAGAAACCGUCAAUAAUCUCCGGAAGCAGCAUGAGGCUGCUCUGAAGAGGGCGGAUCACCUGGAGGCGCUGUGGGAGCAGCAGAGGAAGCAGCUGCUGGAGAAGUGACCGAUAGGAGGGCCAAACCCCCCCCCCCCCACCUCCCCCCAGGACCCCCCUGGCUUCCCUCUGCUCUGAGCUCCAUCGGUUGUGUCGCUCAAGCCCCCCCCCCCCACCUGAGUUUUGUUCCUCCUUUUGGAUGUUGUUCCUGCCAGCAAGACUGAACCUGUGGAACUUCAGAGGGUUGAACAAGUGACUGAACCUUGUCCUACCUCACUUGAAAAACACAAAAAAAUGGGGAAAUGAACUGUGUAGCCACCACUAACACCCCCCCCCCCCCCCCCCCCCCCCCAAAAAAAAAAAACACCCCCAUCAGGGUCUAAAGGAGUGUGUUGUGUUGGAACUUCCCUAAUUUAAAUGCCGUAGACCAGGUGGCACCAGAUCAAAAGACAGUGAAUGGACUUCCCAUUCUUCCCUUUCUAAAGGAGGAUUGCUGCAGCUUUUUGUUUGUGACUGUACCCCCCCCCCACCUCCCGCCCCCCUUCUUCCCUCCUCCCUCGCUCCGCAGUCUGUGGGAGCAGGAAUGCCUCCAUAUUCCCCACAGAGCUGCCACAGAGAACAGUUCCAGAUGUUUCUGAAACCAGCCCAGGCCUGCACUGGUGUAAAGUGGGAGGGGGGAGGAGGAGGGGGGGGGGGGGGGGGGGGGGGGGGGUUGCUCUUACUGGAGGACCACUUACACCCAAGGACUCACUCAGCAUCGGAGCUACACAUUGAGCUCCGGUUCUACCAACUCCAGCUCCCAGUGCCCCCCUUUUUUCCACGUUGAGUCAUGUGUUUUGUCCCAGUGCCCCCCCCCCCCCCCUCGAGGCGACGGCUAAUUACAGGAUCUAUAGCCUCUCCGUCGCCGCGACUCUGAACACUUUGUUGUGUGUCUUAAACCAAAACCUGCAUCUAACAAAGAGGUUAGAAGUAACACACUAACACAGGUUAGAGACUAAAGCUAGAGUGAACGUAGGAUGUCGUUAGGAGGAGCAAUAGGACGUGUAGAUGAAUUAAAGGAACACGAGUGAAGGUAAAAGACAGAUGAUUGUAGAGUGACUUUGAAAGUAGUAAGAAGGAAUUAAGAAGGGAGUGGGGGGGGUGGGGAUGGAAGGAAGGAAUAAGGAAUGCGCAUAGAAAAUGUUUAUAGGAUUAGGAAAGCAGAGCUGGGACAGAGCGUGGUAGGUUGGAGGGUUCGAGGGGGCACAAGGCAGACCGCCUCAUGUGACCAGAGGUAUGUUAAAAGCCAUAUAGGUUUUUUUGCCAGGCCUGAUUCAGAGGCUGCACUGUGACAAAAAUGCAUCAAACUCAACAGGGAAAAGGGCCUCGAGCCAAAGGGCCGGGAGCCAUAACCUCCCAGCACUUACUGUUUUUUUUUUUUUCCUUCAAUCUUUUCUAAUUUGUUAACCCUUAACGAAUGAAGAUAUCUGGAAGCCCCUCUCACACACACAGAAAGUCUUUGUGGAUAAGAUUUCAGUUCGAACGCUCCGUAGCUUGACUUAGCGAGAGGGGUGAAGGAGCUGAAACAAGAGAGAAACUCUAAACCAGGAAGUAAAAGCCUGUUAUUUAGGUGCAACAUGUGAUGUGAAAGACCAGACUGAUGUGAAAAAGUUUCUCACACCUCAAAAUUAGACCUCAUACGAGAAAGUAUUUAUUCUGUUUCUCCUUUUUUCUUUAUUUAUUUCCCAAUCCAGCACUCGUACGUGACCUUCGUCGUGUUACUGGUCCACAGAAAGGUCAAGGAUUUGAAGUAAUUUUCACAGAGCUAGUCAACACAUUAAAGUGUUUUUCAUUCCUUUUUGCAAGAACACUAAACUGUCCCUCGGCAGUGCUGAUAACCACCACGCUGAGGCUUUAUAACUAUGCCAUUUUGAAAUGGUCUAAAUACAGUAUGUCGGGUUUUUCUGACGGGGAAGAUGUCCGAGCCACAAUGUAAAGGGUUCAUAUGAAGUGUAAUGUAGUGGUAGGGUAGGGUUUACUGUAGUGGAGUUAAAUCAUGACUGUCACAUGUUAUCCAUUAAACCAAAUGUUAAAAAUUCA